AUGGUCGAAUGUAAUAUUUCUUUUAAUUACCUUAAAGAGUAUAACCUUUGUGAAGAAUUCCUUUCUCUAUUAUCUCAACAACAUACUGGAGUCUCUCUUGAUAUUUUGGAAGAGAUGAUUUUAAUGAGUAAUAUUGAAAUUGAAAACAUGGACCUUUCAAAUAACGACAUUAUUUAUUGUACAUUACGUGAUGGUAUCACUAUUGAUGAUAGGCACUACGAAUUCUUGACUUUCUCUGCUAGUCAAUUAAGAGAUCAUAGUUGUUGGUUUUUUCACCAACUGGCAAUUCAACUGCUGAUUAAGGUUAGAGAUUGGAUGGUGAAUUUUUCAACAAAUAAAAGUGUACAUAGCAAAAUGUGCCUGAAUGGGCCAGUGUUUUCAAGUACUCGUGCUAUUCAAAAGCUACCUAUUGAUGACAUCAUAGAAAUUCCUGAUAUAGUUAGAAAUGGUUUCACUUUCCAAUUUGUGUUGGAAGUUAUCAGAGGAUCUACAUUCAUCUCACCAUAUCUCAAUCGUCAGGCGAUUAAAUUAUUGUCCGCAUUAGGAAUUCCCGAUGAAGAUAAAAUGCUUGAAAGUGAACAUACGGCGUUGGAUUUUUUACAAAGGAAUGUUGAUGAAUAUGGAAUUUCAAUCUCACUUGCUGGUCUUGUUAAAGCGGGAUUUUUAAGAAGGGCAUUCUUAUUAGGCGUCUUGGAUGUUACCGAAAUUUUACAGGAGAAUCAAAUUUAUUGUUAUUUAGAUGGUGAUGAUUUCACGUAUUGUACUAUGAAUUAUGAGGCUCAAAAAUCAAGAAUGGUUGGAAAUGUAACGAUGAAAGAUAUCAAAACAUUUUUCAUUUCUAAAACGGGAACGCCACCAGAAAUUCCACCUGUACUUCGUGCUAAAAAUUUUGAUCAAAGAUUAUAUGUUGAUGGAUAUGAAGAAUCUUUGGAUGAUGUACGAAAUUUUAAAAUUAAAAAAGAUGGCACAACCAGAAAGAUUAAAGAAAGAUACCUAUUGGAAACUGAAACUAUUAGAACUCAUCAAGAAAUAUUACGUGAAAAAAAAACAGGAAUCACUGGAUGUAAUCGAACAAAUCGUUUAAUUUUAAGUUUAAUUUUAAGUUUAAUUUUAUAUAAUCGUUCACAAAAUAUGUUAGCCGGUUUAUUGUCCUUCGCUUCGCCCCGGACUAUAGAUGUUUAUGAACCUUAA